AUGGGCCCCUCGUGCAACCCUAACGUCGCCGUCAUGCUCGAGGGCCGAUCGCUCGCCAUGGGCGCGAAGAAGCUAUCCAUGGGCUGGUGGACAGUGAAGGACGCAUCUGAUGGGGAGAACGGCGACGCGCGAUCGACGCUGUUUCUCGACGAAGAUCCGUGGAAAUGCGACGCGAGCGACUCACACGGCGAUUGCCCUGUGCGACGAGCCGACGCAGUCUUCGUGGCCGCGGUACGUGGGGAGUGGAGGGCUGCUGAGGGCUCUGUGUCGCAGCGCGUGCACGCGGUGUGCGCGGCGUACGCGCUGACGGCCGUCACCAACAUGCCUACGCUCGCCCUCUGGUCCGCCGACCGCCACCUGCCCGCCACCACCUUCCGCCACCUCUUCCGCCUCGCGGGCGACCCCGCGCCUUCCCCCACGUCAUCCCGCGAGCGCGGCGAGAGCGGUCGCGAGGGGAGCGUGUGGGUGCAGGACACGCCCGCCGAGGCGGGCAUGCUGAGGCGCGCGCUCAAGGGCCGCCGACGGGUGGCGUUCAAGCCGUGCAAGAACUCGACGGACGGCAGGCCCGCGCCGUCCGCCAGCGGGCUGCCGUUCAAGGUCUUCCUCUCGCCGGCCGUGCGGGAGAAAUCCACCGUCCCCCUGCGCGUGGACGCGUGCGCGUUCGAGCGCGAGGUGGACACGUGUCUGGCCGCGAUUCGCCCGUCGGCCGCCGUGGCGGCGAUGGUGGUGGAGGAGGACCUGGCGCGCGUGGCGGCGUCCAGCGCCGUGCUGAUUGACCUUCUAUUUCCUGCCCCCCUCCUCCUCCCUGCCUUCCCCUUUUCCGGGGCUGCCUACUUUUUCCCUGUCCUCUCCUUCUCACUGCCCCCUUUUCCCAAACACUUUCCUUCUCCCUAUUCCCCCACCUUCUUCCUUUCACCUCUCUCCCCUCCCACCACCCACCAGCAACUGGCAGAAGGCGUGUGCUCCGGGUGCACAGACAACUCCAACCGCUCUGCACCGCACUGCACCAUGCGGCGAGUGACAAUGGAGUACCUGUACGACCCGGGGGUGAGCUUCACAGCGGGCGGGCUCAACACGUCCGACGUCACCCUUCUCAGCAGCUACUUCAGCGCGCUCAGGACCCCGCUCGUGCUCAAGAGCACCCAGCAGCGGAACGCCUCGUGCCGUGUGGAGGAAAGAGAGCCCCCUGCAGGAGAGGAGGGCGAGAGGAGGGAGCUGGUGGAGGGUGGGGAGGCGGGGCGGGUGGUGGGGGGAGCGAAUAGAAGCGUGGUGGCAGGAGAGGGAGGUGCGGGGGGAGGAGGUGCAGGAGGGCUGGUGGUGCAACGUGGGGAGGAUCGAGCGCUUGCGGCGCAUGUGACGCGGUGCUCUCAGCUGCAGGUCGCAGAGCUCUUCACGCUCAGCUUCGCCCGCGGACUGCUGGCAGUCAACCGGUCCUCCAUAGAAGCACGCUUCGUUACAGCGCAAGGCCGCGCGCGGUCGGUGUCGUUUGGAGUGCACCGGUCGGUGUGUGAGUCGGUGGAGAUGCGGCCAAUCACGAAGCAGAAGUGGGCCAUGUUCACCCAAGUGGAAGAAAAGCUGAAGCUCAUGGUGUGCACGAUGCCCAAGGUGGCGGCCAACUCGUGGCUCAUGUGGCUGCGCGCCAUGCUGGGGCAGCCGCACCCAGAGGACCCCAUUCUCGCCCUGGACCCGCGGCGGGCGGGCUGGCACAUGCUGACGCUGCACUUCACGGAGCAGCAGGCGGUGCAGCAGGUGACCCGGCCGGACUUCUUCAAGUUCACCUUCGUGCGCAACCCCUUCUCCCGCGUGCUCUCCGCCUACUCCAAUAAGCUCGUCAUCACGGAUACGCCCAACAACAAGACCGGGCCCGGAUCCAGAGAGUACUGGAAUGAGCAAUUCUUCAAGUACAUUCGGCCGCAUUGGGAGAAGGUGAAGGGAAAGGACGACCUGGUGUCGUUCCCUGACUUCGUGAAGCUCGUGGCGAAGCUCAUGCAGAACCACCGCUGGCGCAUGGACCGCCACAUCGCAUCCCAGUCGGACAUUUGCUUCAUGGACAAGAUCAAGUACGACUUUGUGGGGCGGUUUGAGAAUCUGGAGGAGGAUGCCAAGUAUGUGGUGAACCGAUUCGGAGGCGACCAUCUCGACAUCUUCAACUUCGGCGUCAACGCGCACCAGACCCGCGCCGAUGAGAAGCUCGCAAAAAAAUACGACAAGGAAACAUACGAGCUGGUGAAGCGAGUGUUCGCGCGCGAUCUACACAUCCCUCUCAACAACAUCACUCAACAAGCCCCCUCUGUCCUUGUGGCCAUGUUCGAGACAAAAUAA